UUUUAGAUUUUUUUUGAAUUUAAAGAAAAGAAAAUGGUUGUUGAUUUAUUUAAUCUUUUAGAAAUUGUUGAUCGUCUGAAGCAUUUGAAACGGACAGGUUGGGUCAUGUACGCCGUUGCUGAAUGUGAAACUGUUGCUUCGCACAUGUACAGAAUGGCUAUUUUAUCAAUGUCAUUAGCUGAAUGCCGAAAAGAUUUGGAUAUUGAUAAAUGUGUUAGAAUGGCUUUAGUACAUGAUAUUGGAGAGGCAAUAAUUGGAGAUAUAACACCAAACUGUGGUGUGUCUGUUGAAAAGAAGUAUAUUAUUGAGAAACAGGCAGUCGAACAAAUUUCUACUUAUGUUCCAGCAUCAAUUGGAGAAAAUUGGACUCAACUUUGGUUAGAAUAUGCUGAAGCAUGCACUCCAGAAGCUAAAGCUGAUUUUUUGGCUCAAGCAUUAAGUUAUGAGGAAAAGGAUAAAACUUUGGAUUUUGAGGAAUUUUUUAAUUCAACCAAAAAUGCAUUUUCUGAAGAACCUUUUGUUGAAUGGGCAAAUCUUAUAAGGGAGAAACGUAAAGAAAGAAGUUGUUGGAUUCCCCAAGAUUUAGAUGCUGCCUGGUAAAGAAUUAUCGAGCCAUGGAUGCAGAGAAACCUAAAAAAAGAAAUUAGGUAGUUGUGGGUAAAAUUUAUAGGCAUCUUUUUUGGGUUAUUCGCA